AUGGAAAAUCGUUUAGAAAAAAAUGUUAACAAAUUAAUUGAACGCUACAAAAAAACCAGUCAAUAACUUGACUAAAUGAUUCAACCAGAACAAAUAAUAUCUCAACCUAUUACAUUUUAUUAAACAAGAUCUCGACAAAGUAGAACUAAUUUCAAUGAUGAGUAAAACUUUAGUCAUUACAAAAUAGAGAAAGUUCAUCAAGGGAAAAAAAGAAUCAUUCUAUUGAGCAGAUGAGUCGAUUAAGAGAGACUUUAAAUGCUAAAGAAUUGCAAGAAAAAGAAAAAUAAGAAAGAUUGAGAAUUUUGAAUAAAGAAUUAAAAGUAGUGAUUUUUUAUAUAAUUUAGAUGACUUUAAAGGAUUAUAUGUAAGUAAAUAAAGAUUUAGAAGUUAAAAUUAAUUAAAGAGAAAAGCAUAUCAAAUAAUUAGAAUUUGAAUUAAAAUCUAUUUAAGAUUCUUUUACUAAAGUUGAAAAUAAUGUUAGAGAGAAUAGAUAAAAGUGUGAAGGUUAAGAGAAAAUAAUUGAAGAAUUAUAAUAAUAAUAUCAUGUUUCACAUCAAAAAUUAUUAUUGAAAAAAGAUAAAAUAUUAUUGUUAAAAGAAUAACUAAAAUAACAAGAAAUAUAAUUUGAUGAAUAAGGCUAAAAUUUUGGGAAAGAAUUAGAACGAGUAUAAAGUCUAUGCGAAGAUUUUUCAUCUGAAAUGUAUUAUCAUUUAAUUAAUAGUUAUUAGUAAAAAUUAAGAAGCAUAAAAUAGAGAAUUAGAAGAGGAAAAAAUGUAAUUGUUAGAAGAAAAAUAAUAAAAAGAAGCUUAAAUUAGAUACUUUGAUCAAUUAAUAUAAGAUUUUCGUUUUAGAGAUGAAGAUAAUUAAAAAUAAAUUAACUAUUUAAAUAAAGAAUUACAAUAUCAAAAGGCAUAAACAUAGUAAUAUAUAAUAAAAUUUGAAGAAUGCUAAGAAAAAUUACAAUAAGUUUCUGAAAGCACACAAGCAAAACUUUUAAACCUUGAGCAAGAAUCAAAAAAGUAUUAAGACUAAUUUUAAGAGAUAAUAAAUAAAAAAAAACAAAAAGCUAAUCAAUAAAAAUUAAAAAUUGAUUAGUUCUAAUAGAUAAUCUAAGAAUUAUAAAGGAAAAUAGAUAACGAUGAAAAAAAUAUAUAGAUUCAAGAAUAUGAUUUUUAAAAAUUAUAAUAAAUUAGUAAUGAAUAGAAAUACAUGAAUGAUUAAUAAGCACAAAAAUUAUUGAAUAACGAAGAAAAAAUUUAAUAAUCACUCUUAGAAAUAUAAGAUUAGAAACAGAUAAAUUCAAAUUUACUGAGCUAAAUUAAAUAAAUGGAAUAAAGAUCAUAUUAAGAUUAAAGAAUAAUUGAAUAAGUAUGUUAUACAUAUAAACAAUAGCUUAAAGAUGAUAAUCAAAACUUAUCAGAUUCACUUAUUUAAGUGCAAAAUUACAAUAGAAAUCUAGAAUAAGAACAUCUAGAUCGUAAAUUAUAGCAUGAAAAAUAAAUGGAUGAAGUUGAAAAAAAAAUUGAUAAUUUAGUUGAAUCAGUUUAGAAUGCUAAAGAAGAAUUAAAAGAAUAAAAAUAAAGGGAGAAUGAUCUUAAGUAAAAAUUAAAGUAGUCAGAACUAGAAACUGAAAAGCAUUAGAAAAAGUCUCAGAAAUAUAAAUAAUAAUUAUAAAAUCUUAUACAUACAAUAAAGAAUGUAAGAAAUAUUCAUAUAUUUAGUUGGAAGAUAAAUUUAAAUAGUAUGAUUGUUAGACUUAAUAAAUUUAAUUUUAAUCGUAAAAAUAGGGAGAAUUGCAUAAUUAAUAAAAAAUUAAAGUUUUAGAAGAUAUUUAAUCAUUAAUAAAAUUACAUAGAAAAAUAUGA